AUGUCUGAUGUCAAAGAUAACAAACGAGGUAGAGAUCCCAAAUCAAAACCUCUCCUCCCCUCUCAAGGCGUACAAACCUCUUUUGUGGAAAACUGCAACGAACUCCACUCAUUUCCGACCGAGGACUUAUCUCAGCUGGACUCUGCGUCAGACAGCUCUACCCCUGAUCCAAAAAGAGGUAGAUCCGAGCCCAGUCUUUACGAUAUACUAGAGGAGAUCAAAGCUUCUCGUAAAGACAUGACCGACGGUCAAGCUAAACUUGAAAAGAUGAUCGAGGAGAACAAGGCCGAGAUAAAAGAGCUGAUAAAAAGUUCUGAGUUUUACCAUGAACAACUUGUCGAAAUCCAGUCCAAAGUUGCAGUCGUCGAAAAAAGUUCCCUCAAACAUGAAACAAAAAUCAAAGAACUAGAAGAAAAGCUGAAUGAUAGUGAGAGAUACAAUCGUCGAUGGAACCUUCGACUCCACGGGCUGAAGGAAUCAGAAGGAGAGAAUGUUAAAAAAAUGAUGAUUGAUAUUUGUUCUGCUGUGGCUCCUGACACCGGUGAAUCCCUUCAUCUCUUCAUUGACGUUUGUCAUCGGGUGGGAAGAAAGAUGGAGACCUCCACCAGACCCAUCAUCAUCCGCUUCGUUUCCAGAACCAUGCGGGAUCUCAUCUGGCAGCGCUCCAAAGAGGCUGAGAUUCUCCGGACACGCAGACUACGCUUCUCCGAGGACCUCACUGCCCGAGACCGAGCCAUUCGCAGCGCGCUGUGGCCCCUGAUCGAAGAAGCCAGAAAGCAGGGGAAAAGGGCUUUCUUUGUGGGCGUACGAGGCUACAUUGACGGUAAAGAAGUAAAACUGUCCACUGACCCCAGGUAA